AUGCUCAUGCAACCAAGUCCUUGUAAGGACACUUCCAUGCCUUGUGAUCCUAACUUCAUUCUUCCUACUUUUGUCAUAUUCUGUCUUUUAAGCAUGUUGGAUUUGCCUAGAUUUCAACCUGAGAACCUGCAACAGAAUCAGACCAUUUUUGACAAAGUUAAUGAACUGGCCACAAAGAAGGGAUGUACUCCAUCCCAGCUUGCAUUGGCAUGGCUUCAUCACCAAGGAAACGACGUGUGCCCGAUACCUGGAACCACCAAAAUUGAGAACUUUAAUCAAAACAUCGGUGCUCUAUCUGUGAAACUAACACAAGAAGAAAUGGUAGAACUUGAGUCUUUAGCAGAUUCUGUUAAGGGUGGUAGAUAUGUAGAGGAUAAAAGUACAUGGAAGUACUCUGAUACUCCACCACUCUCUUUUUGUAAAGCUGCACAAUGA